AUGUUGUUUGAUAAUGAAAAGCCAUCGACAACGAAUUCAUUGUUGAUAAGAAAUCGACGUCAUAUUCAACCACCAUCAUCAAAAGGAACUAAACCAGCUGGAUAUUGGUUCAAACAACGUGGUUAUACAGAUCCAGAAUUGGAUCGUCGAACAGCAACAACAACUGGUCAAAUGCUCUAUCAAAUUGUUGAUCCUCGACCACCACCCGUUGUUUUAUCAGAUAAUUUACCGCCUACACCACCACCUCCUUCACAAAUAGCUACUAUGCGACGACGAGAAACCUAUAAUAAUCGUUUCUCAGAACAUGAUAAUCGAAAUAUUAUACAAAAUUAUGGAGAAUAUUUUGGACAAGGUUUUGGUAAACGUUUAAUACCACAAUCUGCAAGACAUCAUACUGAUUGGAUUCUUUCACAUGAUCCACUUCCCGUUCAUCCAGAUCGAAGUGUAACAAAACGCGAUUAUCGUGGUUUGCCUGCCUUUAAUAAUCAACAACUAUCUUCAUCAAUAUCAACAUCAACUCAUAAAGUGUCAAAUGGUAAUUGGAUGACAAGUUGCUAUGAUGAUUGGGGACGAAAUACGGAACGUGUAUCAAGUCGAUUAAUUUAUCAUGAUGAUUCUAAACGAAUGCCGAUUUAUCCAUGGCACUACUAA